AUGGGAACCAAAAGAGAUUUUGAAUGGGUUUACACGGAUGAACCUCAUGCCACCCGUCGAGAUGUGACCUCUUUCUGGCAAUUGUUUCUUAUGGCCUAUUGUUUCGGUGGAGUCCUCAACAAAUCACUGCUGACGGCCGUCCACGAGAUCAUACAUAACCACGCGUUUGGACCCUCGAGACCAAUGGCCACCAAAGUGUUGGCAGUGGUAAUCACUUUGCCGACGGGUCUCCCUAUAUUUGGCUCAUUUAAGAAGUACCACUUACUUCACCACCGAUAUCAAGGCGAUGACAUACUCGACACCGAUAUUCCCUCCUAUUUAGAAAUCAAGUUCUUCAGCACACCU